AUGAUGGAAGCGAGACCAUAUUCUCACACGAAACCCACCAAGGCAGAUCUGAACUCCGCGAGAACCGCACUCCCUACCCGACCGGUCAUCUCCAGAGAAGGCACACAGCCGUCCGACACCAUGUCCGUCCGGAUCGCCUCCUCCGUCGGUUCGAGAAGUCCCGCGGCCCAAAGCCAGAGCGAUUUCUCAGACGCCCCGAGCCCGUCGAUCCACGGAUCGGAGCGCCUGCAUUCUAAGAGCCCCUCCCCCUUCGACCCAGUACAUCAAGAGACUUGGGCAGCGACGAAGCCGAGCAUGUCGACAAGCCAUGGCGGCCAGGUGUGCAGCAAUUGCGGCACCACGAGAACGCCGCUGUGGAGGCGCUCACCUCAAGGGGCCACUAUCUGCAACGCUUGUGGCCUGUAUCUCAAGGCGCGAAACUCGUCUCGCCCGACGAAUCUCAAGCGACCGCCGUCGACAAUCUCUGCCACCCAAAAGAGAGCGCCCGAGAAGGUAUCCUCCAGUUCCUGCUCUCAGAUCCCCUCGCCGGGGAUACCAGGUGCCACCUAUGUCUCCGCAGACCAAAUGCCCAGCGGGUCGUGCCCUGGCGGGGGCCGGUGCAACGGGACCGGAGGCGCGGAGGGCUGUAGCGGUUGCCCGGCGUACAACAACCGGGUAGCUAAGAGUGCGCAGCUCCACGGUCAGAAUCGAGCGUCUAGCACCGGGAACGGAAGCCCUAUAGACGAGGCACCGACUCCCAUCGACAUCAACGCUCAGCAGGCCUCGGCUCAGAACACCACCGUGGUUAUAGCCUGUCAGAAUUGUGGCACUACGAUAACUCCGCUAUGGCGCCGGGACGAAUCCGGCCAUACCAUAUGCAAUGCUUGCGGGCUGUAUUACAAACUCCACGGGGUCCACCGACCAGUGACCAUGAAGAAAUCCGUCAUAAAGAGGAGAAAACGCGUGAUACCGGCAAAUCAAGGCGACAGCGGAGCAGAAGAUGCGAUGACGGUUGACUCGAUCGACCAGCAGAGCCAAUACCCAGAAUCCGAGACGGAGCGCGGCACCGUCAACGACGACGGCUCCGUUAAUCUCGGGCUAAGACGAAAAGCCGAGCACCCCCUCACGCUGCUCCCCGACCCGAUCCGAUCCGGAAUCGGGCCGUCUCCGAUCUCGUCCACCGAUCUCAUGGCGUACCAUAACACCAAUGCGUCGCAACCUGUCGAUAUCCGGGACUCCCUUACCGACGACAACCGCUUAGCGCCGCUUACGUCUAUCCCGACAUCAAGCGAGCGCCAGUCUUCCUUAUCUCCCGCAUCCUUCCUCUCUCCUUCGAGGAGGAAACGUUCCUUUUCGGGAACCGAGUCAGAAUACGCGCCGAGCGAGCCGAGCUACGAUAACCCGAAGCGACUCUCAUCAAUCCAAUCCCUUCUCAACCCAGCAUCCGAGUCGAGCCUGAACUUUCGUGCGACCGAAAACGCGACCGAGUCGCUACGCCUCCGACUACCGGCGACGAGACCCGGGCCAGGUCCCAAUCCCGGAGCUCACCCUACUCCGGUUCUAGAAAUGCACCCGAGAGAGGGUGUGGUGGAAGACGAAAGGACGAAGGCCGAUCGACUGGCAGCUCUCCAACAGGAAACCGAACGCAUGCGCGAAAUGCUCGCCGCCAAAGAGCGCGAGAUGGCCGCGCUACAACGAUAG